GUUUGUGAUAAAUGCAAUCAACCCAAAUUCUAAAAUGGUGUAUUUAAUGGAGAACGACAGGUACCGAUGGACGAAAGAGUAAUGAUAUUGGUCAGCGGCUGGGAAUGCAAAGAAAGUGGGAAGUGGCGAUUCAAGAUGUCGGCAAAGAAAUAUGCAAAGUGUGUAGAUGUAAGCGAAGGAGAUACGAUUGUUGAUGUUGAACGGAAAAUUGCCACAGCGUUUGGAGUAGACAUGAAAAGGACAAAAUUGGAGCUGAGUUUUUGGUUCGAAGGAGGAGACACUGUCUACACGCAGCAAAAGAUGCCGCCUGUCUCUAUUGACAGCGAGAGCUCAUUGUCGAAAUUCAAAAAGAUAAGACUAGAAAAAGGAGGAUUGAACAUGAAUCUAUCUUUAGAAGAAGACGCUGGAGAUGUGUCAAACACCAGGGGACAAUGCGAGAGUCGUGGACCAGAUUUGAAUGUUGUCAGAGUCGUAGCAGAAGGUGGAGCAGGAGACAUGGUGAGAGAGCGCAAAGGUGAUUGUGAAAGCACACCGAUAAUCCCAUUGACUUUUGAGGAAGAUGACUUUUUAGAAGAAAUAUAUGAGUUUGAAGAAUCUUUUAAGAGGAAAGCUGCUUUGCUGGAAAAGGGAAAAGCAAAGCGGGGACGAGAAGAAGAACUGGUUGUAGCAUUGGACACAGAUAGUGGAGGAUGGGCAUCCGACUCAGAAGACAAAAUGUUAAGUGAAGUAUUAUCUUACUCUUCCUUAAUCUCUUCUCUUCAACAAAGACUCCAUUUGCUUUCCAUGUAUAGCAACCUUGUGGACAAGAAGUACAUGUUCUUGUUAUGCAAUGGGAUUGUGUGCUUUAUCGUGGGGAGUUUCCGUGGGAAUUCUGAAUCCUUUUCGCACGGUAAAGCUUUAAACAUCGUUGAACAAACGAAAGAAGUAAGGGUCAAAGACAUGAGGGAAACAAAAAUAGUCAAGAAAGUAGUGGCACUACUUGAAGAAAAGAAUGUUUCUAAAGAAGAAGAAGGAAGAGUUGUUUUAUUUAGAGGAGAAGAAGAAGAAGAAGAAGAAGAAGAAGAAGAAGAAGAAGAAGAAGAAGAAGAAGAAGAAGAAGAAGAAGUUGCAUUGGUUGUUAAGGAAGAUGAAGGAAUAUUAGUACAAGACCUCGCUAUCGUUAGAAUGGAUAGUUAUCAUGAUGACGAUGAGAUUAACAAUAAUAGUUUAUUAAGUUCGGAAGAUUUGAACAAGAAAUGUGAGGAUUUCAUCAGGAAGAUGAAGGCAGAGAUUCGAUUCGGCAAGACAAGCAUAUAAUUUUCUUAGUCCCGGAUAAAUGACUUUUUAGAGU